UUGAUCUCUGGCACUGCUGCAUUAUGGGACAUUGGCGUUUGUGUUGUCUUCUAGACCCGAGCGGUAAAUGUGGAACUGGAAAUGGACCCCACGCUGCAGGUGGACAUCUCUGACGCUUUGAGCGAGAGGGACAAGGUGAAGUUUACCGUCCACACCAAGAGCAACCUCCCCACCUUCAAACAAAACGAGUUCUCUGUGGUCCGACAACACGAGGAGUUCAUCUGGCUGCACGACUCGUUCGUGGAAAACGAAGACUAUGCAGGAUACAUCAUCCCUCCAGCCCCCCCCAGACCUGACUUUGACGCGUCCAGAGAGAAGCUGCAGAAACUGGGCGAAGGAGAAGGGUCCAUGACGAAGGAGGAGUUUACCAAGAUGAAGCAGGAGCUGGAGGCAGAGUACCUGGCCAUCUUCAAGAAGACCGUCGCCAUGCAUGAGGUCUUCCUCUGCCGCGUCGCAGCUCAUCCCAUCCUCAGGAAGGACCUGAAUUUCCACGUCUUCUUGGAGUACAACCAGGAUCUGAGCGUACGAGGGAAGAACAAGAAGGAGAAACUGGAGGAUUUCUUUAAGAACGUGGUGAAGUCGGCUGAUGGCGUUCUGGUGGCUGGGGUCAAGGACGUGGACGAUUUCUUCGAGCAUGAAAAGACGUUUCUAUUAGAAUAUCACAACAGAGUGAAAGACGCCUCAGCCAAAUGUGACCGAAUGAUUCGCUCUCAUAAAAAUGCUGCUGAUGACAUGAACAGGAUCGCCUCGUCUCUGUACACGUUAGGAACACAAGACUCCACGGACCUCUGCAAGUUUUUCCUGAAGGUAUCUGAGCUGUUUGAGAAAACCAGAAAAAUUGAAGCUCGAGUGGCGGCGGAUGAAGACCUGAAGCUGGCCGACCUGCUGAAAUAUUACCUGAGGGAGUCGCAGGCUGCUAAGGACCUUCUUUACCGGAGGAGCCGGGCGCUGGUGGACUAUGAGAACGCUAAUAAAGCUCUGGACAAAGCUCGGGCUAAAAACAGAGACGUGUUGCAGGCAGAGACCAACCAGCAGCUCUGCUGCCACAAGUUUGAGAAGAUCUCUGAGUCUGCCAAGCAAGAACUCAUCGAUUUCAAGACGAGAAGAGUGGCAGCAUUCAGGAAGAACCUGGUGGAGCUGGCCGAGCUGGAGCUCAAGCAUGCCAAGGGAAACCUGCAGCUCCUGCAGAGCUGCGUAGGCGUCCUGAAAGGCAACACUUAACCGUCCGACCCGCCUGCAGCCAGCUGGACACGCCGCUGUGAGGGCGGAGCCUGCAGGAACGGACAAACACUGAGAACCGCGGACCAGACCAACAGCCGAGGGUCGCAAAUGACACCAAGUCUGUUUUCCUUAUCACCACCACCCCCCCACCCUCUAAAGACACACCAUGCUUGUUCUGGUUGAUUAUCAGAACCUCACUGGUCCUACCGGCCGAAUGCAAGCCAUGCAACACUCCUGCUGUGCUUUUAUUCUAGACUAGUAGAACCAGAAGUCCAUUUACAGCCUUUAUUUCCCCUAAAUAUGUCCUUCAUUAAAAAGUAAUCCAGUAUGAUUACCCACAGAAAAAUCCGGUUCAUCUGAUCUCUGCAGUCUGGAUCCAGUGCAGCUCCUCGGCUGUAGGACAAACCAUCAGUAGUGCUGCUGAGUUUAAGCACUAAGAACUCUUUUAAAUAGCCUAAAUGAAAUACCUUAUAAUCUGAAGAUAGAUGCAAAGAGCUGAUAAAUCUGUUAGAUCACUAAUCCACGCUCGCUAUAAACCAACCAGACACAUAGAGAUGUAGAGCGAGGUACGAAGCAUCCUGUGGGUCUUCCUGGGUGACCUCCAGGGUCUAAAGGUGAAACUAUUUUCUACUGAAAGAAAUCAAACUCCAUGAGAAAAAACAACAUAUCAAGUAAUAAAGCAAACAUCACUGGAACAUGAAACCCAACCGUUUCUAGCGUCUCACAUGUUCUCCUUCCAUAUUUUCUCCUGAUUAAAUAUGUUACAUAUUUGACCUUAGCUGGACGGUUACUAUAGUAACGACAAACGUACUUCAAAGGUUUCUAUUCUGUUUUUUUUUACACAUGAGAAGUUUUGUUGUUACCCGUCCACGCCGCCCUCCUCGGUUGUCAUGGCGAUGCUUGUAUACCUGGGAGCUGUUUCCAUGUGUUUCAGCUGAUGGGAGCCAGCUCUUAGUACCUGUUCUAGUUGGUGUCAUUAAAGAAGAAGAAAAAUCUAUGAAACACAACUUGUACUUGUUUGUAUUAACCAAUGAAUGCUAAUCGUCUGUUGCUUCGGUUCUGUCUAGAGAUGCUUCUGUUUUCCAUUCCAGUCGAUGGUGGAGCUUCACUCUGUUUGCCUUAAUGUCAGUCGUUCCGUUUGACUUUUCAAAACGAAGAGAGAAAACUUCAGAAUGCACGUUUGCUUUUGUAUUAUUUUCCUUUGUAUGAAUGUUUGUUUUUUUUCACUCUUUUGUGACCAAAGCUUCCAUCACCAAUUAAAGAUGAACGAUUAUUAACGGCGAUGUGAUGAAACGGUGCAGAUUUAAAUGAUUGAUUUUGAAAUUUGAACGUUUUACUUGUUUAAUCUUCAGCAGGUCUGUAAUCCACCACAGCCAUCCGGAUUCAAUUAAACUUUAUGGACACUUUUCUUACAAACGCUGUCUCUGAAU